UCCACGUGUUACUCAUUGACCGCUGGCCUGGAAUCUGUUCUGUUUCUUCUUGUUCAGCGUGGGGAGAGAGGGUUCUGUGUUAUUCACGAUCGAAGGGUGUAGAUCUAGUUUUAUUACAUUAUAUUUUAUUCAAUAUGCUACGAUCAUUGUCAAGGUGUUCAAAUGUUUUCCGCCUCGCGACUCCUGCACUUAGCAGAAGAUGUGCAAGCACAAAUAUACCAAAGAAAACAACACAGCUCAGAUCAAUGUUAGAAUCCCCUGAAUUAGAGUUUAUAAUGGAGGCUCAUAAUGGGCUUAGCGCUAAGAUAGUACAAGAAGCAGGUUUUAAAGGUAUCUGGGGUAGUGGUUUAUCUGUAUCAGCACAAUUAGGAGUACGUGACAGUAAUGAAGCAUCUUGGACACAAGUGGUAGAUGUUCUUGAAUUCAUGAGCGAUGCAACUGAUAUUCCUAUUCUUCUGGAUGCCGACACUGGUUAUGGUAAUUUCAAUAAUGCAAGACGAUUGGUUCGAAAGCUUGAGAUGAGGGGCAUAGCAGGAGCUUGUUUGGAAGACAAGCUUUUUCCAAAGACUAACUCACUUUUGGAUGGCCGUGCACAGCCACUUGCUGACAAUGAAGAAUUUUCUUUGAAAAUUAAAGCUUGCAAAGAUACACAGACUGAUCCUGAUUUUUGUAUCGUGGCAAGAGUAGAAGCCUUUAUUGCAGGAUGGGGUUUAGAUGAAGCUUUGAAGCGUGCYGAAGCAUACCGUAAUGCAGGUGCUGAUGCAAUUCUUAUGCACAGCAAAAAAUCUGAUCCUUCUGAUAUUGAAGCCUUUAUGAAAGCAUGGAAGAACCAGGGUCCCGUAGUAAUUGUGCCUACCAAGUAUUACACAGUUCCAAUGGAUCAUUUCCGUGACCUUGRUGUGUCUUUAGUCAUCUGGGCCAAUCACAACAUGAGAGCAUCAGUUGCUGCCAUGCAACAGACCACCAAGCAAAUAUACAAUGACCAAUCACUAGUGAACGUGGAGGGCAAGAUUGCUCCAGUGAAAGAGAUAUUCAGGCUUCAAGGUGACCAGGAACUGAAGGAAGCAGAGAACAAGUAUUUACCCCAGCAAUAAAUACCUUAAUUUGGUAUUAAUGAACUAGUGUCUAUAACCAUCACUGSGAUUUUGGUAAAUGCCAUAUAAUAGAGGUUACACUUAAUAGAGGUUUUAAUGUAAUAAUAACGAACAUGUCAUACAAUUAAUUCAAUGAUUUGAAUAUAUGAUUUACACCCUUUUGCUUGAUGUACAUGUAGACCAAUGAUGAAGGAAAAAAAUACAACUGAACUCAAAACAAAAA